AUGACGACACCGAGCCCCAAGGCCAUUACGGCCCAAGAUCUGCCGCAGCUGCUCGAAAAUGACAACCGCGUCAAGCUUGCCGGCCUCGAUGUUGACGGAAUCCUCCGCGGAAAGGUUAUCUCCAAGAAAAAGUUCCUUUCCGUCGCUGAGGCCGGCUUCGGCUUCUGCUCCGUCAUCUUUGGAUGGGACAUGCACGACAAGACCUACAUGCGCGAACUCAAAAUAUCGAACGCCGAAAAUGGCUACCGCGAUAUACUUGCAAUCCCCGAUUUGACUACGUUUCGGAGGAUCCCCUGGGAAAACAACAUUCCCUUCUUCCUCGUCAGCUUUGUUGACCCCGAAACUAAAAAGCCCAUAUGCGCGUGCCCACGUGGCCUGCUGCGGUCUCAGCUCGAACGGCUACGUAGCAAAGGCUACGGCGCAAUGGCUGGAGCUGAGUACGAGUUCUACACCUUCAAAACGCCCGAUGACUCCAAGUCCCCCGCCUCCUUCUUGCAACAACAUCCUCACGACCAAUUGCCUUCCCUCACGGAGGGCAUGUUUGGCUACUCUUUGAACCGUCCCGUCCACAACAAGGACUACUACUAUGAAGUCUUUGAUAGCUGUGUCGACUUUGCCUGCAAUAUCGAGGGCUGGCACACAGAAUCGGGCCCAGGCGUCUUUGAAGCCGCCCUCGAAUUCGACGAAGCCGCUGAGAUGGCUGACCGUGCCAGUCUCUUUAAAUACGUCGUGAAAAGUGUCGGAACCCAACAUGGUAUUAUCCCCUGCUUCAUGGCCAAGCCUAAGCAUGGGCUGCCUGGAAACAGUGGCCACGUACACAUCUCUCUUGUGGACAAGGACGGCAAGAAUUUACUUGCCCGCGAAACCCCUGACGAGAGCGCUCAGUGGAAGGACAUUGCUCAUCUUUCGGAUCUCGGGCGACACUUCCUUGCUGGCAUCCUUGUCGGCCUGCCCGACAUAAUGCCUCUCUUCGCGCCUACCAUCAAUUCGUACAAACGCCUGGUGGAGAACUUCUGGGCGCCUGUCACCGUCUCUUGGGGACUUGAGCACCGAGCCGCCUCCGUUCGUUUGCUGUCACCCCCCACGUCGAAGCCGUCUGCUACACGCUUCGAGGUUCGCGUUCCCGGCGCUGACACGAACCCGCACUUCGUCAUGGCCGCCAUACUUGGCUGCGGCUGGCGCGGAAUUGAGAAGAAGCUCGAGAUACCCUGCCCACCGCUUGCUCUAGGCCAGGACGUCGGCGGUGACGCCGAUAUGGGCGAGCGCCUAGCCAAAAGCCUCAAAGAAGCCACGGAGCGCUUCAUGCGCAAAGACAGCAUCGCGCGCGAGGUCUUUGGCGACGACUUUGUCGAUCAUUUUGGUGGCACCCGCGAGAAUGAAAUUCGCUUAUUCGAUGAGGCUGUAACGGACUGGGAAAUGAAGCGUUACAUUGAGACGGUUUAA